AUGAAGGUCUCUGCACUUCUUUCUCUCGUUCCUCUGGCCUCCGCCCUCCCCGGCCGCCGUGCUGCUGCCACUCCGGACACCAAUGCUCCUUUCUCCGUCAUUGCUGCCCAUUCCGGCUCACCCAUCCAUCUCACUCCCCUGAGCGCAUCUGGUUCACACUUCUACCUUGGUAGUAGCCAGAGCCAGACCUACUGCCCGAGCGAAGUUGUUUCCGGCUGCUCUAAGCGCACCAACGAGACCAUCCUGAUCGGCACCAACUUCCUGGAUGUCGUCGUACCCGGCGGCCAGAGCAUUUAUGUUGACCCCUCUGGCGCCCUGAGCUUCACCUCUCCCCACUCAGGCUACAUCCCCCCUGGCUCUUCUCAGGGUCCUUUCCAGGUCAAGCCCGGCCAGAACUUCGGUAGCUGGACCUAUAGUGGCGAGGGCGCCUCUGGCUUCAUGGCCUGCCCGGUGCCGGCUGUGAGCGCGACCGCUGCCUCGCGCCAUGUAUUCGCUGCUCUGCAGAACGCGACUGUCCCCACUGGAAAGGUCAGCGACUGCUUGGGCUUCGAUGCGCUGGCUGUCAAUGUGAACGUCACCUCUGACGCUCUUGCCUGGGAGUAUAUCUAA